CCCAUCUCCUUGGGCUUACCCCUUCGCAGGCAUCCCUCAGGAUCCUGCCUCUUUAUUUGGGCCCCAGCCUUUCCUGUACAAGCUACCUGGAUCCCCAGCCUUAUUGGGACUGGUCCCUGUGGCUUUGACUUUUGAUCUGUUCCCCGUGGUGUCUAACUCGGUCGUCUGUCAGUCGCUCUCUGUCCCUGUCACCCACUGUCUGAUUCUUCUGUGGUUCUUUCCUCAUUCUGUCCCAUCUCUGUCUUUCUCCCUACCCACGGCACGCUUCAGGGUUCCCCCUGCUUGUAUCUUGUCCCCUUCUCUUGUCUCUCACCCUGUAUCUCAGGGUAGCUGUCUCAACUGGGAGGUAAGAUCUGUCUUCCGCUGUGUGCCCCGCCUCCCUGAUACACACACACACACACUCUCUCUCUCUCUCCCCCCCCCUCUCUCUCUCUCUUGCUCUGCAGGUUCUCUCCAUGACACCACUUGGACGUCUCUACCUCUUGAGGGUGCUUGGCGCCCCCCCUGUCUUUCUUCUGGGGCUGCUGCUGGCCCUGCCUCUAGGGGCCCAGGGAGUCUCUAGUGCUCGGUUCUCAGCUGGCAGGACGGCUCAUCAGGCCCCUCAGAAGCACCUGAGUCAUGGCAUCCUGAAACCUGCUGCUCAUCUUGUUGGAUACCCCAGCAAACAGAACUCACUGCUCUGGAGAGCGAACACAGACCGCGCUUUCCUCCGACAUGGCUUCUCCCUGAACAACAAUUCGCUUCUGGUCCCCACCAGUGGCCUCUACUUCGUCUACUCCCAGGUGGUCUUCUCAGGGGAAAGCUGCUCCCCCAGGGCCAUUCCUACUCCCAUCUACCUGGCCCACGAGGUCCAGCUGUUUUCCUCCCAGUACCCCUUCCAUGUGCCUCUCCUCAGUGCACAGAAGUCUGUGUAUCCAGGGCUACAAGGACCGUGGGUGCGCUCAAUGUACCAGGGGGCUGUGUUCCUGCUCAGUAAGGGAGACCAGCUGUCCACCCACACAGACGGGGUCUCUCGCCUGCACUUCAGCCCCAGCAGCGUAUUCUUCGGAGCUUUUGCUCUGUAGAAUCUAGAAAAACCUAGGAUUGGUUUCCAAGCCUCCGUUCUGACCUCCGUUCCAAGCCACACCACCUCUCCUUUGCCCAUGCCCACAGUCUCAAGCCUUCCCCACCAAAAAUGCCCAGAGCUUUCACAGGCGUCUGGGGCACUCCAGGGGAACCACUUCAGAUGCUCAGCUGAGGAUUCAAGCCUGCCUACAAGUCCGACACAGAGCAGGGUCUCUGUGGGUCUGGUGGGGCAGAGACCUGGAUGUGAAGGAGGGGCAGAUGUGGGGAGAUGUCUGGGGACAGGGAAGGGAGGCUAUUUAUGAAGGGAAAGGUUAAGUUAUUUAUUUAUGGAGAAUAGGACGAGGAGAGAAACUGAGAGGCAUUGGAUGACAACCAGGUUCCGGACACAAAGAGUAAGGUGGCAUCAGGACAGGACUCAUCGAAGAGAGAGAGAAGCAGGUGUGAGUGACCAAGGGGUUUAGAAGAAGGCACAAGGCUCUGAGCGCACUGCUUGGCUAGACACCCACAAGGAGCUGUCUGCACCAUCAAUGGCGCCAAUAAACCUCUUUUCUCUGA